ACGAACAUUUUACAUUCCUCCCACUAACCACCCUCCAAAAAAGGAUACGGAAGAAACUAUGAUUCACUUCGUCGCAACGUUUACAAUACUGGUUCGCCAACACCAGCCUAUUUUUGACAAAAGGUCGUGUUGUUGAUUAUCUGCUGGCCGACGACUCCGCUUCAUGCCGCUUCGUGGCUAAGUACUGUCACCGGUGCGGACACCGCCAUCUGAGCGAGCGACCAAGUCACUUCUUACGCCGCCCCUGGAGCGCCUCCGCUGCCCACAAAGCACCCAAAAGAGUCCGUUUUGGACGGAAGCUAUAGGAGAGUGACUCAUCGGGCUGGCGGAGGGAAGGGGGCUCGCUUGACGUGCGACAUGUUAACAUGGAAGUUUCGCCGUAUCGUUGGUUGCGUUUCUGCGCCGUCACCCUUGUCGUCAAUGCGACUUAUUCGGCACAUGGAAAGAAAGCUUUACAAUUAUUUCGUGUGUGUGCAAACACAUCCAACUUCAACUCCCGUGGUGCGUUACUAUGGACCAGGGCCCAGGGCAGCCAUUGAUGUGAUGCGUGUGAAACCCCCCUUGUUCGUUUGUCUUUGGUCGCCCAACCCUUCAGCUCGCUUUCUUGCAUAUGGGAGCAGAUGAGUGGCAGCAUGGCUUCGGUUGGUAACCCAUGAUGUAUUCUGCAAGAUGUGCGAUAUCAUGCGCAUCAUGAAAGGAGGGAAACGAUUUACACUACACUGCACUACCUAUGUAGGUACGAUAUCGUGCUGCGCUUCUAGCUGGUAUUCCAACAUACAUAAUCGUGGGGAGACAUCGCUCACCAGGUCGGAAUGGAAGAGCUUGUGUGUGGAGAGCAAAACCAUUUCAAGUCAAGACCCAUGCCCUAGUCCUCGAGAAGCCGCCCAUCGCCGGUCGCCUAGGCCCGGACCCGGGGGACAUCCGCCGGGAGGGCCUCCCGCUUCUGGGGGUUUAAUAAUUAACCUACGGUAAACGCUCGAGCUUCUUUCCCUACCCGCUUGUCAGAACAAAAUUGGGGCAGAAUAGAAAAUUCUGACUCGGCGGGAAUGGAGUGUUUGAUAUUGACCGGGGGCUGGGUCAUUAGACUGACAAGCGCCCCCCUUUGUUUUCGGCUCGUGAGGUGGCCUCGAGCUAGUUUGACUCUUGCUGGCAUUCAAUGCUUGAUUAUGAGCUCUUUUGUGGAUAGAGUUGAGCGAGCUCCGUCAUUAUCGUGGGCUCUCCUUGCAUUCCCGCAUUCCGUCGCCAAGCUGCCCCGUUACCACGUUUCCAGCCCUAGCUCCUUAUGCUUUAUUGCAUGUGGAAUUCUGUGUACCGACCCGAGGUCUCCAGCCCCAAGCCCAGCUGGUACGUACCCUGCCUUACCGAUCCAGCGGGAGGCUGCUCCCGUUCACCGGGCCUCCACCUCCAGGUUUCGUUUGCCUAUAACGGUAACGGUCGCUAAAUGACUUGCGAUGCGGGUUUAACACGGUCAACAGGUUUCUAUUGGAUUUCCGAACUCGGAAAGUAAACGCCAAACCUUUUACCGUGGCAUCGCCAAUUAAACUGCGGAUCUACCCGCUUGCUGGCGAUUCUCAACCAAAGGCGUAGCAAAUUGCGAAAUCGCCUUUUCAAGUCACGCACACUCGAGGUCAAGGUGUGCCUUUUUUUUACAAUGCAAUUUGUUGAUCAGAUUGCUUGUCAUUCCUAGACUCUACACUGUACAUACACAGCCCCUGUUUUGAUAAGCGCGACCAAUUUAUUCUGAGGCCCUCCAUGUGAGUCAAACUGGAUAAUGCUGUUAGGAAAGGUCAUGUGAAAAUACUGCACCCCAGCUCCUAGGCCAACUUUACUUCACCCAGACAACCUCGAGCCAGGCUUCGCAACCUCUUCGCACUGGUCACCCGCUUUCAGACUCACACCUCUAGGCGCUCUCAUGCCAUGCUCGACGUCCUCCACAUCCGUCACGAUACCACCACUACGGGUCCCUCCCGUGUACUCCACACCCUUUCUUUCAUUCACGGUACGGAACGGUCCCUCAAACCUCGAUACUAGUUCGGUGUGCUGCCAUUUUCCCUUGUUACCACACCCUCAUCAGACUGCCCUCUCACGGAUCAAGGCACUGCCAUAUGGAUGUAUAUGCAUGCGUACAUAUUCUCAAACCGCUCCUCCACCAGUUCCACACAUCAAUAUCCAAUGUCUCGUCGGCCCCCAAAGGUUAUCCUGGUCGCCUUUUUCCACUUAAACUAGGCGACCAAUCCUUAUGGUGCCAAAGUCCCCUUCUGCCUAGAAUAGGACUUUUUCUUUCGCCAUUUCCCGCCUGUUUUCUAAGUUUGAGGCCGCCUCUAUUGGUCAUUCAGUCAUUACCCCUCUCUCUUUGGUUGCCUCGCCUGCCCCUCCUUUUCACGUCGUCGUUAUCUAUGACAUGCCCCACGAGUUUCGGGAGAAGAUGCGCGAUACCACGGGAUAUCGCGUUGCACCGCGUAGAGUGCUCGGCUCACUACAAACGAAAAUGUAAGUGCAGUAUGGUUCGCCAGGAGACAGUAAGGCACCAGUGUGCAUAUCGAGCCGUCGAGAACAUCCGCCGUCUUACAAAGCAUGCGAUUAUUGCGGCUCAAAUGCACUGCCAUCAUGCCACAUUACGCCAUGGCAGUGCAUAUUGCUCGAACAAUUACAAUCCAGCCUGUUCCUUUUGAUUCUGUUGAGCUGGGACGGAACCGCAGAUCUCUAACGAUAUCUUUGUUUUGCUAGUUUGCUUACCUGAUGCUUAGUGUCGUUGCAAAAGUGAAGUUUCUAAGACAUUUUAUAUCUGGAUGCUACCCUGGGUCGAGUCGAGUUCUCAUGACCCUUCCCUCCUUUUUAUUUAUGAUGGGAUUUGUACGUCACAAGAUAGCUUUCAUGCAGUCUAGCUUAGCCACGCGGUCACAUAGAAUAGUUGGUAGGUUCAACAGGGGUGCAAGUUGUUCUUAGUGGGAGACUAUCAUUCUCUCUACUCGAUCACAUAGGGUAUAUGUGUAUGAACAAACUCCGUCUAACGUAUUGCUAUGCCUUCUCUUGU